CGCGGGUAGAAACCACUCCUUCACACGCACGCACACACCUUUCCUUUCUCCUCUUGUUUAUCUUCUCACAUCUGUCUUUUAUCAUCUUUUUCAACCAAGUAGGUUAGGGCUUCAUUUACUCUUCACAUAUACAUACACCUAUACACACAAACAUCCGACCAUGGAGGUUGGCGAUUUACACGAUUGGGAGGUUCUUCACGCCUCGGAUUCCGAGUCAAUUGGUGAUGAUUCGGAGUCUAAGUGCUUUGAUUGUAUCGAUGGAGAUUCCGGUGGCGCAAUUAGACCGGAUUACUUCUCGCUCGACUCGCCGAUCGCUUUUAAGAACACCGGUGGUGUUUCCGAGGACGGUGUUUCGGUUAAUUCCAACAAUCCGAGCUGGAUUGAUCCUGGUUCCGAUACUCGUUCUCCGCGGAAGGAGUUUACUGAGUUCUGGCCUGAUUCCGCCAGUGAUCGCUCCGAUGAUCAUAAGUUUGCUGAGUUUGAGGUGAAUAAUGAUUUAGGUUUUGCUCAGAAUGAAAAAAUUGAGGCGAAUUCUGAUAAGUAUUGGUCUGAUUCGACUGGCUUUGAGGCGAAAAACGAGGAGUUUGUUGAUGACGGAAUGGAGGUUAAGGGAGUUGGUGAUGAGGUUGUUCAAGUGAAGGAAGGUGGAGAUGUGAUUGAGGUGGCGAAAGCGAGUGAGGGGGAGAAGAGAGUGAUGGCUUGGUGGAAGCUUCCAUUGGAGCUUUUGAAGUAUUGUAUGUUUAGGAUGAAUCCUGCUUGGACUGUUCCGAUGGCGGCUGCGGUGAUGGGAUUUAUGAUACUUGGACGUCGUUAUUAUAGGAUGAAGAGGAAGAGUAAGAGUGUGCAUAUGAAGGUUACUGUGGAUGAUCAGAAGGUGUCUCAGUUCAUGAACCGAGUUGCACAACUAAAUGAGGCCUUCUCUGUAGUGAAGCGGGUUCCUAUCAUUCGACCACAGCUGCCCGCAGGUGGGGUGAUGCCAUGGCCUGUGAUGUCUAGAUAAAAGUAAUGAGAAACAUCACGCUGCACCCAGAAUGGAGUAGAUCGCACCCUUAUAUGUAUGGCUUGUAUAAUCGGUAUUUUGCAUGCAACUUGUGUAAAUUAACAUUCCAAGUGCCAAGGAAAUGUACGUGUGCCUACCAAAAUCUAUGUAUAAACUUAAUUAAUACUACUAAUGUUUUUGUCGUCCAUUUGAUUUCCUCCA